AUGACUAUGCGCUCACAUGUCGGUCAUCUAACAACCUCCAACCCGUCAGAGACCACCUUGACCCCAUACAACAAUGAGCCCCCACGAGACAAACCAGCCGCUGACAUGGAAAAUUCUGCUGCUCGUAUGUCUGUAGGACGUACCGUUAUUGUCAUGCUAUCACUUUCUCUUGCCUUGUUCCUUUCAGCACUCGAUAUCACCAUAAUAGCCACCGCAUUACCUACCAUAGCCACUCAUUUCGAAGCAUCAUCGGCCGACUAUACGUGGGUUGGAAGUUCUUACCUGAUUGCAGCAGCGGCCGCGACACCCCUGUGGGGUGCUUUCAGCAACAUCUGGGGACGAAAGCCUUUACUUUUACUCGCAAACAUCAUUUUCAUUGCGGGGAGCCUUGUCGCAGCAUUGAGCCAUGAUAUCCGGAUGCUCAUUGGUGGGAGAAUUGUGCAGGGAGUCGGUGGGGGUGGGUUGUUGGCUCUCGUCAAUAUCUGUGUUUCAGAUUUAUUCAGUUUACGUGAUCGCCCAAAGUAUUACGGCAUCUUCGGCAUGGUCUGGGCCGUUGCUGGAGGCGUUGGACCGAUCAUUGGAGGCGCCUUUACGGAGAAAUUGAGUUGGAGGUGGUGCUUUUACAUCAACCUACCACUGGAUGGGGUCUCUUUAAUCUCACUAACCUUCUUCCUCAAGUUGGACACCCCAAGAACCAAGAUUUGGGACGGCAUGAAAGCCAUCGAUUGGUCAGGUGUUGUGCUCAUCAUCGGCGCUGUCAUCAUGUUCCUUCUGGGCAUCGAGUCUGGAGGAAACUCCCAUCCUUGGACUUCCGCUUAUACUUUAUGUCUGAUCAUAUUUGGAGUUUUUGCCUUCUCACUCUUCCUUUUCAACGAAGCUAAACUCGCAAAAUACCCGACAAUACCUAUUCGCCUUUUCAAGAUCCGAUCCAAUCUUGGGGCCUAUGGUGUCAUCCUCAUACACGGAAUAGUCUUUAUAUCGGCUAGUUACUACCUCCCACUAUACUUCCAAACUGUAUUAGGUACAUCAUCACUCAUGAGUGGUGUAUAUCUUCUGCCUUUUGUCCUGAGUCUGUCUCUAGCUACCAUAAUCUGUGGUGGACUCAUCAAGAAAACGGGACGGUUUAGAGAACCAAUUUGGUUGGGUGUCGCCCUCAUGACGCUGGGUUAUGGCUUGUUGAUCAACCUCGGCUCGACCACAAAUUGGCCGAGACUUAUCAUCUAUCAAAUGAUUGUCGGCUUUGGGAGCGGGCUUAAUAUUCAGAGCCCAUUGAUUGCACUUCAAAGCCACACGAAGCGACAUGAUGUCGCAAUCGCCACCUCUACUUAUGGCUUUAUCCGAACAUUGGCCACAGGUAUUUCUAUUGUCAUCGGAGGCACUAUCGCCCAAAGUGAAUUGACGAAGAAAAGAGCCAUGUUGCAAGAGAGACUCGGGCCUGAACAUACAUCCCAAGUCCUAGGUGCUGGAUUCGGUACCAACGUUCAUUUCAUCCAACAACUUCCCUCCGGACAACGGGAAUUUGUUAACGAGGCGUAUACGCAAAGCCUUCGAACGAUGUGGAUCUUCUACACUGCUCUAUCAGCUGUGGCUAUCAUACCUAGUCUGCUGAUCAAGAAGGCAACCUUGAGUACCGAGCACGAGAUUGUGAAAACAGGGGUGGAGGAGCAAGAAAGAGUUAGACAAGAAGAACUAAGGGAGAAGGAAGAGAAGAAAGCAGGGGCAUCGCGAAUAGGUAUCAAAUAA